AUGCCGGAGAUCAAAUUUGACCCGGCUGAACAUGCCAUUGGAGGCCUACCGCAGUGUGCUGCAUGCAAGCACCGUUUCCAGAGCUGGCAGGAGCUAAAGGUCCACAUAGAAAAAGGCCGAUGCCACCAACAGGACGUGGAUACCCGGGAGCCGAACACCGGCCCCACACAGGAUGUCGCCCCCUCUCUGGCAAACCCCACACUGGCUGCCCAGACCACCGAGGAGAAGCCGCGAUUGCCACCGCAUCGCAACCCAAGAGUAGCGGACUUGAUUCGUGAACAGGGCUGGGAAGCCCUUGUGAGCAGUGAGCACGCGGAGGACCUAAAACAGCACUGCUGCAUUUGUGCCAGAUGGAUGGUUGACACAACGUCCAUCAAAAGACACAUGAGAAACUCCCAUCCUGAAAUCUGGAAGCAAGAACAAAUCCAGAUGUUCGGCUACCUGCUGCCGGGGCUGAGCGAAUCCAACAAGCGACCUCCAGCAACGCCGCAACAGCAGAGCACCAAGGGGGAGGAGUCCGGCAAAGGAGGGGGCAAGAGACGGCGCACGCGCCGAGGACAGGGGAGCCAGAGUUCGGCCCCGGCGGAAGCACUGAAGAAGGACGGCGGCAAGCUCCUCAAUCUGAUCUCACGCAUCCUGCUCCAGCACGAGGACAGCAUCAACGCCGCCAAAAUGGAUCGGGGCUUCACGGUCUUCAUGGCCCAGACGGGACCGGCAGGACUACUCACCAGCCUUUACCAGGCAAGUCUCGCUUGGAAUCAGGUACGGGAGAACGAGCCGGCGAAGAUCACACAACCGCUACGAAUCACGUUGCUAACCUUGAUGAUCGCGGAGCUAAAGGUGCGCCUCCAGAAUCUGGAAAAGAAGCCGGAGGCAAAGCAACUGGCCAUCAGUGCGGGCUGGCUGGAUCAGCAAGACCGGCUGCAGUACCAAAAGUGGGACGCAGAAAACAAAAAGCUGAUACCUCAUCCCACGAUGCCAGGCCUAACGAUCACGGAGGUGAUGCUGAACCUGACAGAGAUCGAGCCGCUCAUUCUGGAGUCCUUGGUGUUGCGUUUUCACGCGCCGCGAAAGCUCAAGCCAACACCGGAGACGGAGAACAAGGCGGUCUUCAAGUUGGAGGUCUCACUUCGAAGCACAGAAGCAGAUCAACUAUACCAGAGCCUCGCGAAGCUGGAGAACAAUGCAGUAUGGCAACUCAUAGGAUGCCAGCUCAGAAAGGACGGCAUGCGCCGAUCCAACCCAGUGCAGGAGCUGAUGAAGCUGCUCAGCCAGGGAGGUUCCACCUGCUGGGGUGGGGACAACCACAUGUGCAACACGAU